AUGUCUUUGAUGGUGGGAAGAAACCGGAGCACCCGAUGGAAACCCACAGGGUUUGGGGGUGGGAGGGUUUUGAGAACUGUGACAAACAAGAGAGAAAAGGGUCAGACACACCUAUACAGGUCUACACAGGUGAUUUGGAUUAGUAAGGGAGAGCAGGGUGUUGGACUUGUUCGUGAACUAACAUGUUUUUGCAUGUUACUGCAAAAGUGUCAUGAGGUGUGAUGUGCGACAAACUGUGACCUGUUAGUGCUGCUACAUGAAAAGUGACUCGUGGGUCCAUGAUUGGUGGCAAUUGAUCCGAUAUUUGUAAAAAUAUCUCAACAGACCAUCCAAAUAGAUGACUAAAGCCACUAUUUGCUAAAAAAAAAAAAGUACCUUGUUAAAUAAAUAAACAGUAAAUAAAUAAACUACUGUAUGUAGGGUUGGAUAUCGUUUGAAUUGUAUCGAUUCUGAUCCUGCUAAUUGAUUGCGGUUCUUGUUGAUUCCCAUUCUCGAUUCCAAUAUGAUGAAAAAAAGAGGUCAAAUGUUAAGAUAACCAAAAUAUCUUUAUUCUUCAAAGCAUUUACUUUGACUUUUAUUGUUUAAUUAAAAUAAGUAAAUUCAAAGUCUUUUUAACUGAACAUUCUGCUUUUGUUUUUAGUACUUUCUGUCUCAUCUUUCCCUCAAUAAUAUAGUGUUUUAUCAUUGUAAAGGCCAAUUCAUGGACUUGCACGCGGACGCGCACGCGGUUCCAUUCAUCCUUUUUUUCGGAGGUCCGCGGACACAAACGUCACGUGUACGCAGAAGUAAACAGGGUUGCAGCAUGAUAACUUCCCAGAGCUGUAAAAUCCAGUCUGUGGCCUCAGAUGGAUUGAGCUAAACCUGUAAGACAAUGGAGGGAGCUAGACACAGUGGGAGAUGGAACAAAAAAGCCUCUUUUAGCACAAUACUGCUCCUCAUGUGCAUGUUCGUUCCCACUUUGGUGUCAUUAGAGAAGACGUGUCCACCUGGGGACUAUGACAAUGGCAACGGAAUAUGUUGCAACAAAUGCCUUGCAGGUUUUAAGCUUGUGGAAAAGUGUCAGGCUGAGGGUCAAAGAAGUAAUUGUACGCAGUGUCCCGCUGGACAGUACAUGGCCCAGGUGAACUUCUUCCGCAACUGUUUCCGUUGCAAACAAUGCAAAGCAAAGCAUGAACUUGUGGAAUCAGAAUGUAAAAGCGACUCAAACACUAUUUGUCGCUGUGAAGACGGUUUUUAUAAAUUUCAAAUUGACUCAGGAACAUCUGAGUGUCGGACAUGUCAAAAAUGUGGACCUGAUGAAAUGGAAAAACAAGCAUGUACACCAAAUAGCGACACUGUGUGUGAAUGUAAGGUGAAUUACUACAAACUCAACGACAAGUGUGUACCAUGCAAGAAUUGUACAUCUGAGUGCAAAAACCACUGUCUGCCAGUUAAGACUACAACAGAAGUUCCUAAGAGUGAAAAUAGAUUUCUUACCAACAUAAUUGCUGGAGGUGUAACUGUGGCAAUAGUAUUAUUGGCGGUGGCAUCUCUCAUCACCUACAUGAUCACAAAAUGGCUUACCAAGAAGAAGUUGCAGGAACGCACCUCCCAAUCAUCUGAUGUCUCUUCCCCGGAGUCACUUGAAGUUCUGGUCCAAAGUGAGGAACCCUCAGAAAAGGGUUUAAAGGCCAUUCCCCAAAGCCCUGGGAGUGAGCAGGAGCCGUUCAAUCUGCCUGACUGUGUCCCACUAGAAAUCAAGAUCCCUGACCUGAUCUACAUGGUGCUAGACCUGGUACCUGUGCUGCAGGUGAAGCAGCUGGUGCGUUCUCUCGGUGUGACGGAUACAGACAUCGAACGGGCAGAGAUGGAUCACCGGUCCUGCCAGGAGGCUCACUACCAGAUGCUAAGGGUGUGGGCAGAGCGAGGGUCACGAGCUGGCGCAGGAGGACGAGGUGGAAUGCUGCACCGGCCGUUGAUGCUGGAGUUGUUAGAUAAACUGAGAAAGAUGCACCUGGGACAGGCAGCCGAAGAGCUGGAGACAAAGUACGGCAUUCAGUAAUCCUGUAAUGCAUGCCAAGUGGGACAAAAAGCACAUAAAGCCAAGUAUUGUUCUCCUCAGAGACUCACUCACGGACUGCCUCAGAGUAUACCAACGGACACAGUGCCACAACACGCCGUCGCAGCCAUCUAAUUUCAAAGCCACCAGCAUCACUGAGCACUCUACCUCCCCCCUGCCAAUCACUCCCUGAGAUGAUGGGGCCAAACUACUGAGAGCGACGGAUCAAAUGGUUUAAGGAGGAAGAGUACCGAAAAAUGGCAUUUUGCACUUAUAAAUUCAGCCUUUCUGAAGGACUGUUAGCAAUGACUGUGUUUUAAAUCAAAAAGUAAUAGUUCAGCAUUCUGGGAAAUAUGCUUAUUCACUUCCUUUCCAAGAGUUAGAUGAGAAGAUCAAUAUCACUCUGAUGUCUGUACAGUGAAUGUAACCAACCAGCAGUUGGUUAGCUAAGCUUAGUAUGAAGACUGGAAACUGGAAACUCUACAUACAUAGUCUAAAGGUAACAAAAUCUACCUGCCAGAACCUCUAAAGCUCACCAAUUGACCGUAGAUUGUAAAAAAUAUGGACGUAGUCACCGUGACAUCACCCAUUGGUUUCUGAAGAGCGGGUUUGAACUUCAAAGUGGGCGGCUCCAGCUGUCGCCAUCUUGGCAGUGCCUGACUCCGCCUGACUCUCGGCUAAUCCAAAAUGGGCAAAGAGAUGGAGCUGAGGCUGGCCAAAUGAAGCCUAUUUGCUGAAACAAGCCACCUAGCGGCUAGCGACCUGUCACUCAAAGUGGCCACAUCCUUAAUUAUGCAUAACUU